AUGAGGGGGGAGAACAUCACCAAGGUCAGCACGUUCAUCCUGCUGGGCUUCCCCACAGCCCCUGAGCUGCAAUACCUGCUCUUCCUCCUCUUCCUGCUCGCCUACCUCUUUGUGCUGGUGGAGAACCAGCUGGUGGACUUCAUCCUGGCCUUCAUCAUUCUGGUGUUCCCACUCCUGGCCACCAUUCUCUCCUAUGGCCACAUCACCCUGGCUGUGCUGCGUAUCCCUUCAGCCACGGGCCGGUGGAGAGCCUUCUCCACCUGUGCCUCCCACCUCACUGUGGUCACCUUCUUCUAUGUGGCCAUGCUUUUUAUAUAUGUGCGACCCCAGGCCAUUGAUACCCGGAGCUCCAACAAGCUCAUCUCUGCUGUGUAUACUGUCCUCACACCCAUCUUAAACCCCUUGAUUUAUUGCCUAAGGAACAAAGAGUUUAAGGAUGCUGUGAAAAAGACCCUAGGAUUGCAUCACAAUCUACAGUAG